AUAGGUGAACACAAACAGCUGUUUUCUAUCAAAUUCAGUGUCAAACACAAAACAUCGAGAGAAAAUUCCCGAUUAUUUUACAUUUACCUCCGUAAAGUCUAGAAAUGCGUAGAGAAUUCAUUCUAGUACUUUUAGGAAUAAUAUUCAUAUCGACCUUGUCAUCUCUGCUUUCGGGGUAUGUCCAAAUAGAUACGGAUAAAGUGUUAUUAGACACAGUGGUUGGGGUGGUAGGGGCCGGUAACUUCUCGUAUUGGCAACUGGGCCACACGGGGCCGCUGCUGGUGGAGCUGACAUCGCUAAGCGGAGACGCAGACCUCUACGUGUCGGACACCACCCGGCCCAGCUAUGAAACAGACCGGAACAACUUCAGUUCAAUAACUUGUGGCCCGGACGUGGUGCAGGUGCCCACCGACUUCCCACGACCAAUAGGUAUCGGAGUAUUCGGUCACUGGUCACACUCGGUGUCGGAGUACAGCAUACGGGUGUUCCUCCACGCGGCCGCGCUCGGGGAGGAGGUGCUGGGGGACCAGGACCAUGGGGAGAAGGCUGAGCUGGACCGCGCGCACCGCGCCGCCGUCAGAAAGGAAGAGGAGAGCAAGCCUCGCUUCCUGAAACUGCUGAACAUCCUGGACAUGAUGUUCGAGAUGUUUGUCCUGUAAUAUUGGCAUUGCGGGCCAAUGUUGGCCAAAUAUCGCAAUAUUACGCACCAGUUGAUGAGGUUGUAAGGAUGGACUAUGUUGGAUGUAGGUGUCCCUGUCAACUUUAGAGGGCCUAGUAGAAGUAUUUACGGCCGAGGCGAUCAAUGGCCAAUGGCGUCACACGGGGUUGACCUAUUCCACCCAUGCUUCCAAAGGUGUUCAAGUUAGAUGAUGCCUACUGUACCAAAUUUUUUAAACAAGUUUCUCCAAAAUAGUAUUGAAAAUCUACUCUACAGAACAAAAAAUUCAGUUUUUAGUCUGUAAUAGUUUAUUAAUUUGUCCCUUUGAGUAGGUAACGACCGCGAUGGAAUAGAGAGUGCUCUUGUGUAAAUUCUUGGGCACCGUGAUUGAUAGAAAAAAUAUAUCAUAGCUUAGCAUGUACCUAGCCUUUGUUCUAAUGUCUACUCUUAUUGUAUAAAAUAUGAAAAACGUUAUGCUUAAUAGGUAUUUAAUAUUUUAUGUA